AUGGGGCCGAAAGAAAAUACUGCAGAGGUGCCCAGGGUCAACAUUGUGAAGUAUGGACAUAAAUCGUUUGCUUUUGAGGCCGCCCGGUCACCAGCUCCAUCUCGCCACCUAGCCAAAUUAACCAGCCCCAACUCACCACCCAAAAACAGUCACAAGCCCACCCUCCCCACCCAGCCAAAGUCACCAGCCCCACCUCACCAACAACCGACAGUUACCAGCCCAACCCCCCCACCCAACGACAGUCACCAGCACCACUUUUCCCCCCAGCGACAGUCACCAGCCCCACCUUGCUCCACCCAGCGACAGUCCCCAGCCCCACCUUGCUACACCCAGCGACAGUCACCAGCCCCACCUCCCCAGCCAGCGAUAGUCACCAGCACCACCUAUCCACCCAGCGACAGUCACCAGCCCCACCUCACCACCCAGCGACAGUCAUCAGCACCACCUCAUCACCCAGCGACAGUCACCAGUCCCACCUCACCACCCAGCCAAAGUCACCAGCCCCACAUCCCCAACCAGGGACAGUCACCAGCCCCACCUCACUACCCAGCGACACACAUCCCCACCCAGCGACAGUCACCAGCACCACCUCUCCACCCAGCGACUCACUCCCAGCACAUCCCCACCCAGCGACAGUCACCAGCACCAUCUCUCCACCCAGCGACUCCCUCCCAGCACAUCCCCACCCAGCGACAGUCACCAACCCCACCUCCCCACCCAGCACCUCCCUACCCAGCGACAGUCACCAGCCCCACCUCCCCAACCAGCGACAGUCACCAGCACCACCUCUUCACACAACGACAGUCACCAGCCCCAGCGACAGCCACCAGCUCCACCUCAUCACCCAGCGACAGUCACCAACACUACCUCUCCACCCAGCGACAGUCAUUAGCACCAUCUCUCCACCCAGCGACAGUCACCAGCCCCACCUCACCACCCAGCGACAGUCACCAGCCCCACCUUACCAGCCCCACCUCACCACCCAGCGAUAGUCAUCAGUAUCACCUCCCCACCCAGGGACAGUCACCAGCCCCACUUCACCACCAAGCACCUCCCCACCCGGCGACAGUCACCAGCCCCACCUGUCCACCCAGUAACAGUCACCAGUCCCACCUUCCCACCCAGCGACAGUCACCAGCACCACCUCUCCACCCAGUGACUCCCUCCCAGCACAUCCCCACCCAGCGACAGUCACCAGCACCACCUCUCCACCCAGCGACUCCCUCCCAGCACAUCCCCACCCAGCGACAGUCACCAGCACCAUCUCUCCACCCAGCGACUCCCUCCCAGCACAUCCCCACCCAGCGACAGUCACCAGCACCACCUCUCCACCCAGCGCCUCCCUCCCAGCACAUCCCCACCCAGCGACAGUCACCAACCCCCCCUCCCCACCCAGCACCCCCCUACCCAGCGACAGUCACCAGCCCCCCCUCCCCAACCAGCGACAGUCACCAGCCCCACCUCUUCACACAACGACAGUCACCAGCCCCAGCGACAGCCACCAGCUCCACCUCAUCACCCAGCGACAGUCACCAACACUACCUCUCCACCCAGCGACAGUCAUCAGCACCACCUCCCCACCCAGCGACAGUCACCAGCCCCCCCUCACCAGCCCCACCUCACCACCCAGCGAUAGUCAUCAGCACCACCUCCCCACCCAGCGACAGUCACCAGCCCCCCCUCACCGACCAGCGACAGUCACCAGCUCCACCUCCCCAUCCAGCGACAGUCACCAGCACUACCUAUCCACCCAGCGACAGUCACCAGCACCAACUCACCACCCAGCGACACGACAGUCACCAGCACCAACUCACCACCCAGCGACAGUCACCAGCCCCACCUCACCACCCAGCGACAGUCAGCAGCCCCACCUCACCACCCAGCGACAGUCAGCAGUCCCACCUCACCACCCAGCGACAGUCACCAGCCCCACCUCACCACUCAGCCAAAGUCACCAGCACCACCUCUCCACCCAACGACAGUCACCAGCCCCACUUCCUCACCCAGCGACAGUCACCAGCCCCACUUCCUCACCCAGCACCUCCCCACUCAGCGACAGUCACUAGCCCCACAUCUCCACCCAGCGACAGUCACCAGCUCCACCUCACCACCCAGCGACAGUCACCAGCACCACCUCUCCACCCAGCGACUUUCACCAGCCCCACCUCCUCACCCAGCGACAGUCAACAGCACCACCUCUCCACCAAGCGACAGUCACCAGCCCCACCUCACCUCCCAGCGACAGUCAUCAGCACCAACUCAUCACCCAGCGACAGUCACCAGCACCAACUCAUCACCCAGCGACAGUAA